CUGCCUCCCGGGGUUCUUUUUCAGCUCACGCCAACGUAACUCGCUCAUUCUCCGUUUGCGCUGGUUCCGUGUGGACCUGCUUGUGGAGACUCUCCCCCCUCUUCCAUUCAAUAACCGAGUUUUGUGAGCCAUUCACAGCCAUGUCUGACGAGGGGAAGCUUUUCGUUGGAGGACUGUCUUUCGACACGACGGAGCAAUCGCUUGAAGAAGCCUUCUCCAAAUAUGGCGUGAUCUCAAACGUUCACGUUGCGAGGAACCGGGAAACUCAAAAAUCGCGAGGCUUCGGUUUCGUCACGUUCGAGAACCCGGAUGACGCCAAGGAUGCGCUCGAGGGAAUGAAUGGCAAGUCCGUAGACGGAAGGACGAUUCGCGUGGACGAGGCCGGCAAGCCGGGGAGCGGUCGCUCGGGCGGAGGAGGCGGCGGAGGAUACCGUGGGGGCGGAGGAGGAGGCUACGGAGGAGGUGGAGGAUUCCGCGGAGGGCGCGGAGGUGGCGGAUACGGCGGCGGUGGUGACCGCGGCUACGGUGGCGGCGGCGAUCGCGGUUACCGGGGCGGCGGUGGCGACCGUAGCUAUGGCGACAGGAGAGGAGGCGGUGGUGGUGGAUACCGCAGCGGAGGAGGAGGAGGAGGAGGAGGCGGCUACUCCAGCAGAGGAGGCGGAGGAGGAGGAUACGGACGCGACAGGGACCAGUCUGGCGGCUAUGGCGACCGAUCGGGCGGCUCGUACCGGGACAACUACGAUCGCUAUGCUUCGUACGACUAAAACUCGUGUGAGAAAAGCAAGCGCCUGCCCGCCAACCUCACAACAGACGCCCCACCCCCGCUCCGCACCGCACCAACUCCCCACAUCCGUGUACAUCUAAGGC